UGCAUAGUGCCGCCUCCGACACUGCUCUCUCUCACUGCCACUGCCCAAUUCGCCUUCACUAGUACUUUAAUUUCAUCUCCUUCCCCUUUGUGUGCGAUGCGCUUCAAUUCAAGCCCCUGAUCUUGAGAAUCCGUGGCGAAUUGUCAUUGUUGUGUUGAUUCGGGGGAGGCCUGUAGCUGAUCGGUGCGUCUCUUGGUUUAUGAGGAAUCGUUUGGUCAAAUGCGACCACUGUAGUUGUGGCACGAUCGAUCAUGAGGGAUUACUUCACCAGGAGUGUUGUAGAGCAAUGCGUCUUGGGAAUUAGUCCUAGGGGUGUGUCACUUUGUUGUUAAUUGCUGGUAGGGAUCAUAGGGGCAAGAAUUGUGCGGUUCGGGGGGGAAGUGGGAUAAGCUUUGAGGCUGUGGAAGGACUGUUGGCAGCGUGUGGGGAUGGGAGGCGGGCUAGCGUCGCCGGCGAGGCGAGACGAGGUGGUGCUCAUCACGGGCUGUUCUGAUGAGGGGAUUGGCGCUGCGCUUGCGUUUGAGUUCUGGGACAUGGGAUUUACUGUGGUUGCCACGUCGAGAUCGCUAAACACCAUGACAUCGUUCGCGGGUCAUCAGCGUAUUGAAACGGUGGCGCUUGAUCUCCUUUCGAAGAACAGUAUCGAGGAGGCGGUGAAAUUCGUCAUGGCUACGUAUGGUCGAAUCGAUAUCCUCAUCAACAAUGCUGCAAUGCCUUGCACGGCUCCUCUGGCUGAGGUUCCUACAGAAAUUUUGGACAAAGUUUACAGAACCAACUUCCUUGGUCCUGUUAUGCUGAUUCAAUCUGUUGUACCACACAUGGUGAAAAAAGGGAAGGGCAAGAUUGUGAAUGUAGGCAGCAUUGUCAGUUUUGCAGCUGGUCCUUUCACUGGACCUUACAGCGCUUCGAAGGCGGCUUUACAAUGCAGUACUGAUGCUCUGAGGUUGGAGUUGAAACCAUUUAACAUUGACGUCAUGCUUCUUGUUCCUGGGGCGGUCCACACUGGUAUUGGACCUAAAGGAGCAGAAGUUGUGAGGAGCUAUUCAAGUGAAUUGCAAAUAUUCAAACCUUACGAAGCCUAUUUGCUAGAAAGGACAAAACUUGCUCAUCAUCCGAAGUCAACCCCAGCUCCUCUUUUCGCAAAAAAGGCAGCAGCAGCUAUUCUAGCAAGACCUUCCCCCAUGUGUUAUACCUACGGCUACCUGUCUCGCAUUUACCGCAUCCUUUACUACUGCCCAUAUUGGAUUCGGAAUUGGUGGUUUACGUCUAAAAUGCCAAAGUGGAUGGUGUAAAAUACCAAUGUGUGUGGGCACUGACUGCCAGGGUGUAAGUCUUUGAAUCUCAUAGAUAUUUCAAAGUAUUCUUACCUCAAUAUCAGACUAUUGUUUCUUAGAAUGAAAGUGAGAAUUAGGUCCUUUGAUGUUCUUAAGAUGUGGUCUCAUCAACACGUGAAUAUGAAUAUAGGUAAUCUACUACUGUGUAUAUAUGAAAUCAUUGGAGACUGGUGCCCAGUUUCUAACCUAUAUAGCCCUUAAUAUUACAGAGACUAUAGCAAGUUUGCAGUCUCUAGUUAUUCUUAAGCUGUAUUUAAUACUGUACGUACUAACAGUUAAAGCACCUUAAGAUAUUUGGACUCUUUUAGGAGUUCCAAAACCGUUGAUUUUAGUGUACUUUCUAAAGAAUCAUACAUUGUAACCAGGUGUAUUUCUGAAGUGAUAUUUUUUGGGGGACCUACCGAAAUUUCAGAACGAUAUUCACUUUU